AUGGUAGAACCGAUCAAACGCAACCCCCACCCGGAUUUCCAACAAGUCGAGGCUUCUGGGCCGGAUUGGGACCCAUCUAAAAGUUUCCGAUACACCAAGACGGCAGACCCGAACUGGAAAGCAGGAGACGGCUCUAACGGCUUGGACCCUAACAUGAAUAUGGUGCCUCAUGUGGCUAUCGACCCUUACGAAGCUGACCGGCCAGCUGCUUUCAAUUACAAGAUACUCAUCUCGUCUAUAGUGCCUCGGCCUAUCGCAUUCAUCAGCACAUGCAGCGCCGAUGGUACGUCGACUAAUCUUGCACCGUUCAGCUAUUUUAACAUGAUCAACCACGAUCCGCCGUUGUUCAUCGUGGGAUUCGUGGGCAGCAUCGAGCAUGCCAAAGACACACUACGAAACAUUGUGGAGUCCGGUGAAUGUGUCAUCAAUAUUAUUUCCGAGGGGUUUGCCGAAGCCGCCAAUGCAACAAGUGCCAGUGCCCCAUAUGGCGUUUCGGAAUGGGAUCUGAGUGGGCUGACGCUGGUCCAUGACUGUGAAACGGUCCGUCCAGCACGGGUCGGGGAAGCAGUCGUGAGCAUUGAGGCCAAGUUGGAUAUGUUCAAGGAAUACAGCAGCCGGAAUACUUCAGGGAAAAAGACAGGGACAAUGGUGGUGCUAGAGGGGACACGAUUUUGGAUACGACAGGACGCCCUAAAUCCCGAAAAGAGUCUUGUUGACCCGGCGGUUCUCCGACCGAUCAGCCGGCUAGGCGGCAUCACCUACGAACGUGUCGCAGAAGCUUUUGAGGCUUUGAGGCCGGCGAUAUAG